AUGUCGGCCAUGCUUUCCCGGGCCAACAAGUAUGACAUCCAGACAGCGUCCAUUGCCAACAGCAGAACCACCACCAUCCCUAGCAUCAGCAGCACCUCCUCCAUCCCCAGCAUUAACAGCACCACCAUUGCUAGUAUCAGCAGUACCACCACCAUCCCCAGCUUCAACAGCAGCACCAGCAUCUCCAGUACCACCACCAUCCCAAGCAUCAGCAGCACCACCACUAUUGCCAGUAUCAGCAGUACCACCACCAUCUCCAGCUUCAACAGCAGCACCCCAUCCGUAGCAUCUCCAGUACCCCCACCAUCCCAAGCAUCAGCAGCACUACCACUACUGCCAGCAUCACUAGUACCACCACUAUCUCCAGCUUCAACAGCAGCACAACCAUCACCGGUACCACCACCAUCCCAAGCAUCAGAAGCAGCAUCAACAGUACCAACCCCACCAGCAUCACAAAGAUUACGUGCCCGGCAACAAGUCAGGGUGACUUCUCUUCUGAUUCUGAAUUUGUAUUUGCUAAAAUCAUUCUUUAAGCCAUGUUCUCCUAUACAUGUUCAAAAACAAACGUGGGGUGCAAGCCAAAAAAUAAUCUGUGAAUUGGAUGAAUGCAACGCAAAUGCUGAAUUUGCAGUGAGGAGUGGAAUUGUUCCUUAUGAGUGCAUUCAUCUCAGAUCGUUGCUCUUCUGUCCCCGCUCGGACACCACACCCAUCAUUUUAGAGGUAGAGGUGCUGUCAGAAAUGGUUGCUUCUAGGCUAUUUGGGGAAGCAAGGAAGCAGAGCUGCUUAAACCAACAAAAAGCAGCAACUGAUGCAGGUGUUCCACUUUCUGUUGAGGUGACUGUGGGAGGGCCUGCAUCCAAAAAGUUAAUUUCUAUAUAUGAGCCAAAAGUAUCAUACCACAGCAGACUUGGGAGAGUAAUAGCAGCAUAAGAUUCAAAAAAGAAGUCUUGGCACUGUCCAUGUGCCAAAGCACGACAGUCAUGUCUCCAUAAAGCAAUCGCAAAAUGGCAUCUUUUUAAAACUGACCGACAACUGUUCAUGACUGCAGAGAGUGAUGUCAGGCCAGAUUCAGCGGUAAGUCAUCAAGACACACAAGAAUCUGUAUGCAAAGCAAAGCCAGGUGAAGAUGCGGGACAAGCAUAUCCUCCUGAUGACGCAGGCCUUCGAAGGAUGGUUCACUAUUUAAUGCAAAAAAAAGGUCUUCCUGCCCAGCUACCCCAGCAUUUGGUCACUGGCUCCAGAUCUUUGCAAGAUCUUCCAAGACAAUUGAUGCCAAAAGAAACUUCAUGUGUGGAGUGUGCCGGGCAUCUUAGUGAGCCAAUGCUCAUAACAGCAAAUGCCAAACUUGUCACAUAUACUGGUGUUGUAGAUGGCUUUUCUACAUACUGCAGGGCAUGUCCUGACUGUGGGCUGAUGUACAGAUAUCAAGAAUGGAGUGAUGGAAUUCACAAUUUCAAUGACCACAUUCUCAUCACCCUUCAUUUGUGUAUCAUACUACGUACAUCACUUCAGACUCACCAUUCUGUAAGCCGAGCAAUUGAAGUCCUUGAGCAGACCGAAAAUAAGACCUUCCCUAAAAAAGCCACAAUACUCCAUGCCUACAUGCACUUUGAAGCCCUGACCUCACACAACUACUCAUAUAUUUGUUUCAAAUGUGGAUACCAUCCACCAGUAGUGGUCAUGGACCUUCACAGAAAGGGUGUAUUCAAUAUGCCUGUAAGUGAAAUGGAGGCUGUACCAGCACACUUUGAUGGCACUGUCGAUAUCAGACGAUUUUGGGACUCUGUGACAUCUGAAAUCAUUUGCAGUGGCUUACUAACAAGUGGUCGAAAGAACCCUUUUGUGGUUGUUCCAAGUUAUAAUUACUGGGCUCCUUGGAUUGGACCAAAAACUAGAAAGGGGGACACUGUGUUAAACACAGAACAUGAAAAGUGUCAUGCACCAAGGCAGGCUACUGAAAUGGCUGAUCUCCAAAUGACAGAGGAGAGGCUCCAAGAUGCACUAAUUAAUCUCAGGGUGGACAUGGUUCGAAAGCUGUGCAAGCAAUGUGGCCUGGACUCAAAAGGCUCAAAAAUGGACCUUAUCCUAAGAUUGCGGGAAGAAAUGAAGAAUAGGUCAUCUUACGACAAGAUCUUUGAGAAAGUCUGGGGAGCUUCAGGUGGCUGGGCAGUUGUUAUGUGCCCCUGUGGAGUGGUCUACUCAAUAAAAUUUAAUUUAAGAGCAGAGAGUCCCAGAGACUAUGCUGACAUGUUGCUUAGCUGGAAGCACUUCCCAAACAUUGCCAUAUAUGACUUUGCAAGGGGAUUGGCAACACACACUAACUUGAGGGAGCCUGAAAAUUUGCCAUUUAGUCCACAUGAGGGGCGGCUGGCUGAAGCAACUGCAGACAAUCUACAAUUGGCUGCCGAGGGAAGGCUAAAGGUCAGUUUACCAUGGCUUAAAACUAAGAAAACAGAAACAGAUGCAAACGGCCACCCAAUCACUGGGUCAUCUGACCACUACACCCUGUACGACGUUUUCCAUGAGCGGAAUACAAAGGAUGCUAAAGAUGCCCUUAGAAGGAUUGCACUUGUUCCAGAACUGGCUGGCUGGGUUAACAGCCAGUGCGCCGAGCAACUAUUUUCAGACAUGAGAAAGAACAACUAUUUUUUGAAUACCCUCACACCUUCUGAGCACAUCUUCAUGAUGCGGAACAUACUGCACCACUACAACACAAAAUGCAAUAACAAAACUAAAACCAGCAUCCAGAAAGGAUGA